AGGAAAGAUCUUCUGUUCAAUAACUGUGCAAGAUGAGGGGUCUAUCUAUGUCCAGCCUGAAGGGUCAUCCAGCCCUUCUUCCCCUUUUCGUUUGCGUUGGUGUUGGUUGCGCCAUGAGUGCGCUUUACCUCACUCGGCUUGGAACUCGAAGCCCCGAUGUAAUGUGGAAUCGCAAGGGAGGAACCGCGAGACCCUGGGAAGAAUACGCCAGCAAGAACUACAAGUUCAUGAAUACGCGUGAGGAAUACAAAAUUUGUUCCCAGUUAUCGUUGUGUAUUGCAUCAAGAACGUAUACGCCUACUACUAGGUACUAUGAUAUUGAAGAAGAUCCCCCCGGGAAAGGUCCAAAGAAGUGGCUGAAACAUAACGACGAAGUUUACCCUCCUCAGGCACCAGGUGAAGAACGACGUCCAGCGUUCGUUUGUCAUAUGAAGACCAACUUGAAAUAUAGCCCAUGGAAAAUGUGGUAUAUCGCCAGUCUUAUCCGUGGGAUGAGUAUCGAUGAAGCUGUUAAACAACUAUCCUUCAUUAACAAGAAGGGAGCAGGUUUCAUCAAAGACACCUUGCUUGAAGCGCAAGACAUGGCCGUAAAAGAGCAUAAUAUUGAAUUUAAGAGUAAUCUCUGGGUUGCGGAUUCACAUGUGACCAAGGGUGUGGUUAUCAAAGGCAUGAGACGACAUGCUAGAGGUCGAUUCGGUAUUGUUGAGUAUUUCCACUGUCACUACUUUGUUCGACUGGAAGAAGGUCCCCCUCCGGUGGACUAUUUUCAGCCCAAACCGACGGGUCCGGAAAUGCUGGAAGAAUGGGUUGCUGACGUCUGUGCUCACGAUGGAUCUUUGGAGGAUACUGUUUUUGUGGUCAUUUUGGUCCGUAACAAAGAAACCAUCCUGCCUUAUUUCUUGACUUCGCUCGACCGACUUGAUUACCCGAAGAGUCGUAUGUCGCUGUGGAUUCGAUCCGAUCAUUGUGAGGAUCAAACUGGAUAUCUGCUUCAGUUAUGGAUCAAUAGUCGGAGUCAUCUUUACCAUUCGGUGCAUUUCCGGCAUUCUGCGUCUCCCACGAGUUACCCUGAUGAACUAUCUGCUGCUGAUUGGUCCAACGAACGAUUCAAGCAUUUGAUUCGUUUGAAGGAGGAGGCAUUCUUGGAAGCACGCAGAGCUUGGGCUGAUUAUGUGUGGUUUCUUGAUGCCGACGUUCUCAUUUCCAGUCCAAGCGUUUUAAAAGAUCUGGUCGCUGCUAAAAAGCCUGUAGUUUCUCCCAUGUUGAAAAGCUUUGGGAAGUACUCGAACUUCUGGGGUGCAAUAACUCCGGACUGGUAUUAUGCGCGAUCGGAUGACUACAUGGAUAUUUUGGAUCGGAAGAAACUAGGAAUUUUCAGAGUCCCUUUGGUUCACUCCUGCGUUUUGAUUGACCUGCGCACUCGUGAUUCUCAAAAGCUGGCUUACGACCCGGAGAAAUUGACGGAAUUAGAUAUUCCAUUCGACGACAUUAUCGCUUUUGCGGCUUCGGCUAACCAGAGUAAUGUAGAAAUGUUCGUUACGAAUGAGAAGCAGUAUGGGGUUAUUCCUCUGGUUGCGGACACUGGCAGAAGUGCGGAAGAAGAAAAAGAUAUGAUGCUUUAUUUAAAACUCAUGCUAACUGCGAUCACCGGAGAAGCUCUUUCAGUCUCGACUGUUUUUGACGACGAAAGUCAUAAAUAUAAACAGCAACGUGGGCUACCUGGCAUUGACAAAACCUACAUGAUAAAUCUGUUGAAGAGAGUGGAAAGACGUGAUCGUAUGGAUUAUUGUUUUCGCGAAUUGGGCAUCGAGUAUGAGUGGAUUGAGGCUGUCGAUGGUUCAACUCUUACUUCCGAAUAUCUCGAGAAGGAGAGUAUCCUGCCCUUCGAAGGAUUCCGAGAUCCCCAUGGUUUGCGGCCCAUCACGUUCGGUGAAGUUGGAUGCUUCCUCAGUCACUAUGAGAUUUGGUCAGAUGUUGUGCUCAAGAAGUAUCAAAUGGUUGCUGUAUUUGAGGACGAUAUCCACUUCGAGCUGUCUUUCAUGACGAAGUUGCAAUAUGCUCUCUGGGAAGCCAAACAUUUAAAUCUGGAAUGGGAUCUGAUGUAUCUAGGCAGGAAGAUUCUUCGCACUAAUGAAACAUGGGUGCCUGGUUCGAAGACUUUCGUGUAUCCGGAGUACACAUACUGGACGUUGUCUUAUUUACUGACGUUGGAGGGUGCGAAAAAGCUAUUGGCUGCGGACCCCUUGAAAAAUCUACUUCCCGUUGAUGAGUUUCUUCCUAUUAUUUGUUCAUCGUCAUCAUCGGAACUGUUCCAGCGACAGCCGCUUUUAGCUAAUGGGGGAUAUUCCCUCUUGAAUGGAUCCGCCGGCGGUUCCUGGAUAGAGGGAGAUGGAGAUACCACGCGGAUCAAUAUUGAGGAUGGAUCAGAUGAAGACGCUUCGCACGAGAACCCUACCGCUUCCCUGCAUCUUGAACGAUCUGGGACUGACGUCGAAGAUUCCGGAAUUUUCACUGGAAAAAAAUCUAGGGAUUUCACGGGUAGUUGGAAUCAGAGGGAUGUCACAAAGGUUUCACUACCAGCUCCCACGAGAGAAGAAUAUAAGUUCCCGAAAGAUAGGUUUAAAACUUUCGUUGCGGGUAUGUUCUUCGUAUUCUGCGGUACCGUGAACAUGGUAUCUUUGUCGAUAGUGCAUGACAAAGUGCCUGAUCGGGAGAAAGGUGCUUUGCCGGACAUCGUACUAGAUAACAUUCGGGUCAACGAUUGGGCCCUCUACGUCGCCGAAUAUCUCCUCAUGAUUCUCACAUACUUCUGCAUUCUCAUCAGCAUUUUUCACAAGCAUCGAUCUAUAACGAUGUUCGUCACAGUCCUGCCAGUGGCGUCGAAGACUUACGAAUGUAACGAGAAAGCGGCAGAAACUUCUGCGAGGCUCAUUUUUCAAAGAACUUUUGAGCUUCUCCUUGGUCUCGGAUUGUCGGUCAAUGGCAGACACAAAUAUUGCGGUGAUUACAUCUACUCGGGGCAUACGAUGAUUCUUGUUCUCGGAGCGCUGGUUGUCAAAGAGUAUACACCUCGAAGGUGGUGGCUCUUGCAUUGGAUUACAGCGGUUUGGAGUUUUUCUGGGGUUGUGAUGAUCCUGUACUCGCGAGGACAUUACACUGUCGACGUGAUCAUCGCGUACUACAUAACCACACGGCUUUUCUGGACGUAUCACACUUUCUCGAACAACGUACUGCCCAAGUGGGCCCGUACCUCGAAUGUACCAGAUGCCGAUACCAUUUCUGAGAAUCUGCCGCUGGUUAAGAUUCCGCAAUCACCGGCCCUGAGUCGCGUUGACGUUGACCUGGAGAAAAAUUGGAUUUUGCGUCACGCGGAAAGAGCAAACACAACGGGUGAAAUGCACGAAAGCCAAAGUGAUGUCGUCGCUGCUGACCUGCCGAAACUCUUCGCCAUUUUUGAUGAUAUUCCGAACACCGCGGAAAAGAUUAGUGCGAAUGUUGAAUGCUUCAACACGACCAAUGCUCGGAUAACCGGAAAAUAUUCCAAGGGCUUACAUUUUUUGAGUCUGAAAAAUGCUCUCAUUUUGGACUACCUCGCUGACGUGGCCUUGGUUAUGUUGAAAAAGCUGGAUGGACGAAGACUUGAGAACGACUGCGCGAUAGACAGGAUCGUUGAAGUGCGCACCUAUCUUGAGAAGAUGCGUCCCAUCGAACGAAAAAUGAGAUAUCAAAUCGAGAAGAUGAUUAAGGCUUCUACUACAGGACAAGUGGAUGUCAACGACCCACUUCUCAUGAAAGCCAAUCCCGCCAAUCUGGUAUCGAAAGUUCAGAACGCAGACAUGAGGAAUGACGAUGCGUCCGACAGCGACACUGACGUAGAGGUUGACAGCAAAGAAAGAAAUGCCGUAAAGAAAUACGUACCUCCGAAAUUAUCUGCUGUACCGUUUGGUGAGCCUGGUAAGGGUCGUGAAGAGAAAAUAGCCGAAAGAAGUCAGAAAAGGAUGUUGAACUCGGCCAUAAUGCAAGAAUUGAAAGCGGAAUACUCCGAACAGCCUAUGGAAGUUUUCGAAUCAGGUCAUGGAGUAAGACGCAGUAUAUCCACCGCUACGAAAGAACGCAUCGCAUACGAAGAAGAAAAUUUCGUUCGACUGUCUGUCUCGAAGAAGGAUAAAAAUGUGAGAAAGCGUGCCUUUUCAACUAUUGGACAGAUCGGCGAUGAAGUUACCGACUUCGGCUUCGGAUUCGGUAGUUCCAGUGGCGGUCAAGGAUCGGGGAAAAGGCGGAAAACGAAGGUCAAGGGCGGAAAGAUCAGUAAAAAGUUCAAAAAAGGAGUUCUAUGGAAAAGCGGUGGUCCUUUGCCAGGAGCUUCAGAAGCAAUCCGCGCCUUAUCGUCAUUUGGCAAAAAAAUAAUUUACGUCACUAAUAACUGUACUCACACGCGUGCACAUUACGUAAAAAAGUUGGAAUCCAUGCGAUUUCCUGUGGCAGAGAAAUCAGUUUUCACUCCGGCAUAUGUUGCUGCGAACUAUUUGAAGGAAAGGAAGCAUGUGGGAAAGGUAUAUUGCAUUGGAACUUCAGCGAUCAGCGAGGAACUGGAAGAAGUCUCGAUCGAAUGCUUCGGUUAUGGGAAAGAUGAUUUGGCCGCUACGACAUUAGAAGAAUGCUACGCGGAAACGUAUCAUGCUAGACUUGAGGAAGACGUAAACGCCGUCAUCAUCGGAUAUGAUCCCUUCUUUUCUGCCAUGAAAAUAUUGAAAGCUGCAUCCUACGCUGAACGCCCAGGUGUUCUUCUGUUAGCCUCUUGUGAAGAUCAUCGAGCACCUUACGAUAUGCCAGGAAAAGUCAUUCCAUGUACGGGAGCUUUUGUUGCCGCAGUGGAAAAAGUAGCUGGAAGAAGCGCGGUAAUAUUGGGGAAGCCAUCCGUGCAUAUGUACGAGUCCAUUAAGCUUGUGCACGACUUCGAUCCUCGACGUGCAAUAAUGAUUGGUGACAACUGUAUGACUGACGUGCUCUUCGGCAAAAACUGUGGCAUCGACACACUUCUCGUCCUGACAGGAAUUUCUACCCGUACCGAAUUGUCGAAGUAUGAAGAAACUGGAAAAACUGACAGUAUUCCCACUUAUUAUGCUGCGUCACUGUCGGACGUUGCUGAUGCAUUGUCAUCCGAGUAGAUAUUCCGUAUUAAGGUUGUGCGUCUUCAAGAAGAGCGCCAUUUCACACGUUUAGACAGUUUCCCGGGAGAAUAAUGUGAGGUGCAAGUUUCCGUUGGGGUUUUGAAAAGUUCGAGAACUGUUGUUUUAUUUAAUUCAUUAGCUAAAGAAGGAAUGAAUACCGGUGCUUAUUUUGUCGAAAUUUUGCAGCUUCGUAUUUGGAUCGUGGAAUAAAGCUUUAGACAAUUUCGUUUCAUCCAGA